AAUUGACAUUCAGUUUGUUCACGAUGUCGGAGGAAACAGCAACGGUUCCACUGCCCACCUGGCUGAAGGCAGAGCUAUUUGAGAAAUUGCUGAGUGAACGAUUCGGCGAUAAGUAUGUGGGAAUCAAGAGCUUCAAGCCGGUGGCUGGUCUCAAGCCGGGAGAAAAUUACUCCACCAUUAUGCUACGCCUCCACUUCGAAGUCGAGCUGAGUGAUCACACCACCGAAAAUGUGAGCUAUAUGCUGAAGACGCCGCACGAUUUCGAGAUGUACCGCGAGAUCCUGAAGAAGAACAACAUGUUUGUGGUGGAGCGGGAUGUCUUCCUGCAGGUGGUUCCCGAGCUGGAGAAGAUGUACAAGGACGCGGGUCUGGAGGUCCAGUUUGCGGCCAAGGCCUACGAAAUUCAAGCCCCCGAUGAUUACGUUCUGCUGCAGGACCUUGGACCCUUCGGUUUCAAGAACGUCGAUCGGCUGGUGGGUCUGGACAUGGCCCACACCAAGAGUGUGCUGAAGAAGAUGGCCCAGUGGCAUGCGGCCUCGGCCAAUAGGCUUCAUCUGAAGGGUCCCUACACCCAGAACUACUUGCAACCCACCUAUUCGGAUACCAUGAGGGACAAUAUCGAACAGGUGGCCGAGACUCUGGGCAAGUACCUCUUGAAAUGUCUGCCUCUCUACGAGGGCUACGAGGAAUAUAGCGAGGCGGUGCACAAGAUCCAACCGAAAAUAGUGGAACGUAUCUAUGCCAUGAACACGCCGGAUCCCGAAGAUUUCAAUGCAUUGAAUCAUGGGGAUUGCUGGACCAACAACAUUAUGUUUAGAUAUGAGGACGAAAACCCUGUGCCAGCUGAAACCUACUUUGUGGACCUCCAACUGCCCAGGGUGACCUGCGUGGCCUUUGAUCUGAUUUACUUCCUCCUCGGGUCGACGCAAUUCGACAUCCAAUUGAGUCAGUUCGAUUUCUUUAUCAAGUACUAUCACGAUCAGCUGGUCGAGCACUUGCGACUGCUCAAGUACCCCGAGGCCAAGACCCCCUCGCUGCGAUUCCUGCACACUCAGCUGUUGAAAUAUGGCAGCGUUGGAUAUCACGUUGUUCUGAUGCUCUGCCCACCGGUGCUACUCGAUCGAACUGAUGACGCCAAUUUGACCGAUUUCGUCACCGAAUCGGAUAAUGGCGAUGGUCUCAAGAUGGCAAUGUACUCGAAUGCCCGCUACAAGAAGCAUGUUAGCGCCAUUCUAACUUGGCUUAACAACCGAGGUGCCCUCAGUACUAACUGAAAUCGUUUGAUAUCCGUAAAGAAGCUUUAAAGUAUUAACAUUUUGGUGGAGGUCUUCGCUUUCAUGACAAUUAUAUUACUAAUGAAACAAAAGAAGAAAAGAAAACAAAUUAACAAGAAAUGCUAUUAUCAGACAACUAAAAUAAAAUUGAACAUGACAUUUAAUAAAACUG